GUUCUGUGUUUUUUGCUGUCAACUUUCAGCUUUUCCUGUUGUGCAUCUAUUUCUCAAUUUAAAAUUAGUUUUUAUACAUUUGUAUUACAAUUUAUCGCACAGUACAUUUGCAAAGUACGUAUUAUUAAAUAGCAAAGUUGUGCAACGGCGUAGCUCAAAAGGAUACGAUUUUCUGUCAAGGAUUUUCAAAAAAGAAAGUAGCGCUUGCGUAAUGCAUUGUUUUGGAGAACGGUAAUGGAUACGUAAAAUUUAGGAAAUCCACAAUUUUGAAAAUUAGUAAUACAUUCAUAACAGAACGAAAGAAACAACACUGAAAAGCAGUCAUGUCGGACCAACAACAGUUUUUCUUAAAAUGGAACGAUUUUCAAAGCAACAUGGUGUCAUCCUUCCGGCAUUUAAGGGAUGAAAAGAGCUUCACUGAUGUAACAUUGGCAUGUGAAGGACAGACAUGUAAAGCACAUAAAAUGGUAUUAUCAGCAUGUAGUCCUUACUUCAAGAGCCUAUUGGAGGAAAAUCCAUCCAAACACCCAAUCAUAAUCCUCAAAGAUGUGGCGUACAGCCAUCUACAAGCAAUCCUGGAAUUUAUGUAUGCUGGCGAAGUGAACGUGAGCCAAGAACAGUUGCCUGCUUUUUUAAAGACAGCUGACAGACUUAAAGUGAAGGGCCUUGCAGAAGCCCCUCAAGCAAUCAAGAGGGAAUAAGUGCAUUGUUGAUUAUGAUUCUUAGAUAGACCAACUUUCUUGCAUUCACUGUAUUCACAGAGCUUGAAUGACUGAGAUAUCCAAAAAAUCCUCAUUGAAGAUAAAUUGGAAACAAGGAUAUCAUUUUAAAAUGUAAUGAUGAAAACAAAAUUUAUAUUGGGACUACAUCGUCUGUAUUAAUCAAUGAUACGUCUACAACUCAUGUUUUGGUGUUGCAACUGAUUUGCAAUAAACGGUUUUUAGUUUAUACAGGGUGCAGCACAAAAUCGGUCAUUUUUAGCGUUUGUCACAAUUAAGUGCGGAAAAUCACAUCAGUCAUGUGGUUACUGUUUUUGACGAUGCAUUGCUAGAGUCGUCGAUGGAAGUUCGCGUAGACUCUCUACAACAUCGUUCUCUCAACUUGGGCGACUUCGUCGCGCAUUGCCUUCUUGCGCAUUGCCUCCUUGAACUCGUCCAGAGUUCGGGGCCUGUGCUGGUCCAGGGUGUCUCCAUAGGAAAAAAUCGCAGAUGGAUAAAUCUGGGGACCGAGGAGACUAAUGUACAUCACCAAACCACGGAAGAGUGGGCGAAUAACGUUUAUCGUUGCUCUGGCUGUGAGGGCACCCGAAUAGGCGGAUGGUGCUAGGUUGGUUCAAAAACAUCCGUCCUUUGUAGUAGGCAGAUACUAUUCUGUAAAGUAAAUGGCUCGAUCAUAAUUUUGAGAGGUUUCUUGGUGUAAAAAUCUUUGUGUUGAUUGCUCUUGAGUAUGGUGAAUAAUUGCAAUUUUCUGCAUAUUACGAUAAAUCAAUUUUAGUUGUAAAUUUGAUUGGGCAGCUUAAGGUGUUUGGAAGAGCUGAUCUUUUCGUUUUGUACGAUGCAGAAAUUAUUUGGUAGUGUUUUUCCAAAUUAAGGUAUUCGUUUUUUCAUACAAAAGUGUGUUCAUAUUAACUGUUCAGACCAAGAUACUCGUUGACAUGAUGAAAAGUGUAUCUAAGACAAAAUGCACAUCUGCUGAAAAAUGUCGAGUAUGAGACCUAUGCCAGUCUUGUUAUUUUUUUACAAUAUUGCAAUUCUAUGGCUACAAAAAGGAAGUAGUUUUAUUGUUCAAUUUCAAAUGAACAAUAGGGGUAGUUUUCUUGAAGCGAAAACGAGGUUUGUACAUUUAGUAAUUGUGAGAGAAAACACGAUUUUUGAGUUAUUUGAAAUUGGAAUUUUUUCGAACUGAAAAGUAUUAUAUUGAGAUACAGAACAUAGUGUUAAGUAUGUACCGUAAAUUUAACAGACGAGUCUUUGAGUCUAAGUCAAAAAGUUUCUAAUUUCUUUGUUCUCAAGAUACAGGGUGUUAGAAUAUAAAAAAAUGGUUUUUCUUAAAUUUCCUAGAAUAUCCUUCACCUAAUUUUGUUGUAAUUUGGCGGUGGUAUUUAUAACAUUAAGGAGCUAAUUUAGCCCUAACUUGAUCAAAUUCAUUGAGUCCAGUGGCGUCGCGAACGGGAACUGAAAGUUAUUUGAAAUUGGAAUUUUUUCGAAGAAUAUUUUCGAACUGAAAAGUAUUAUAUUGAGAUACGGAACAUAGUUUUAAGUAUGUACCGUAAAUUUAACAGACGAAUCUUUGUGUCUAAGCCAAAAAGUUUCUAAAUUCUUUGUUCUCAAGAUACAGGGUGUUAGAAUAUAAAAAAAUGUUUUUUCUUAAAUUUCCUAGAAUAUCCUUUUUGUUGUAAUUUGGCGGUGGUAUUUAUAACAUUAACUAACUAACUUGAUCAAGUUCAUUGAGUCCAGUGGCGUCGCGAACGGGAACAACGAAUAUUUGUGAGAAAAAAAUGUACGCUACUGACUUUUUUUUUGGAAUUUUCUCGAAAACUAAGCAAGAUACGAAAAAAAUUCAAGAGGCAAAAAAGUUGUAUUUCUUUUUGCUCAAUCCAAAGAAUAUAACGAAAAUUGCACAAAAGUCAGUCUCGUACAUUUUUUUGUCACAAAUAUUCGUUCAGAUGCCGCUUGAGAACGAAUAAUUUUCGGACUCAAAAAUCGUCUGCUAAAUGUAUGGUACAUAAUUAACGCCCUGUAUAGGACAUUUAAAAAAAAUAAUUUGUAAUUCAAAAAAACUCAAGGUGCUGAACCGGCACUAAACAUUUCAAACCAAAAUUUGGACAACUUCCUAAUUUUUUUUCAUUUUCGAUUUGUUCACUCGGAAUGAAAGCUAUAUUACUAUCUUUUGAUAUUAUUUGUGCAAUAAUAUCUUGAUAAAUAUCCUGAUUCGGAUUUUUCGC